UAAACCCAAGUCGCUUGCCGAUAUUGUUAUUAUUAUUUUGGCUUUGCCAGCGUCGGCAAACUGGAGGCGGUUGUCCGGUAGACGAUCGGGAAUUGCUCCACAGACGUUUUCCUGCCAAGCCGCGCCAGCUAUCUCGCCUGCUAGCUAAGUUAGCCCACUCCACCCACAGCCAGCGUCUCUGAUGCCCCCGUAGUACUAGUCCAGCUCAUGUGAUGCAUAUAAGGUGUAUCCAUUCUUGACCCAUCAUAAUGACAGGUUCCCAGUGGGAACUCCCUCCAGAACUAUGUUGUCGGCCCAUGGCAUUUGUAGCCCUGACUGGUCUGGACGUGGUAUAUAAUGCUGUGCACAGAGCCAUUUGGGAUGCCUUCUGUGCCAACCGCCGUGCUGACAGAGUCCCCAUCUCCUUCAAAGUCCUCCCAGGGGACCACGAGUACCCCAAGUGUCGCACCAAGAGAACUUCCUACGAGUGGUACAUCCCUAAGGGCAUACUGAAGACCGGUUGGAUGAAUAAACAUCUGAACCUGGUGCCAGCCUUAGUGGUACUGUUUUACGAGCUGGACUGGGAUGACCAACAGUGGAAAGAAAAACAGUCUGAAUGUGCAACUAAAGUAGAGAUUGUUAGGACCAGUCUUCAGGGAAGGAACACCAAGGUAGCUGUGGUUCUGAUCCAAAAGAAAACCCCUCUACCUCCAGGAGAGGACUUGGUUGCCUCUGAGAGAGCAGCAGCUCUGUGUAAUGCCUGUGACCUGUCCGGAAAGAGUCUUUUUGUACUGCCACACACCGACCACCUUGUGGGCUACAUCAUCAGGUUAGAGAAUGCCUUCUACGAGCAUGCUCAGACAUAUUACUACACUGAGAUUCGCCGAGUCAAAUCGCACAAAGAGUUCCUCAACAAAACAACACACCAGCUCUUGUUUGUCAGACACCAGUUUAAGAUCGCGUUCUUCAGUGAGCUGAAACAGGACACCCAGAAUGCUCUCAAGUACUACAGAACAGCGUACAGUCUUGUUCACGAGCUCAGAGCCCAUGAGACCAACAUAUUGGAGAUCAAAACUAUGGCUGGAUUUAUUAACUACAAGAUCUGCCGUCUGUGUUUCCAGCACAACACUCCUCUAGAUGCAAUCGCCCAGUUCAGGAAGCACAUUGACCUGUGUAAAAAGAAGAUUGGCAGUGCUGAACUGGCGUUUGAGCACACGGCGUGGAUGUCUAAACAAUUCCAGUCAUUUGGCGAGCUGUUUGAUGAAGCCAUUAAGCUGGGUCUAACAGCCAUUCAGACCCAGAACCCUGGUUUCUACUACCAACAGGCUGCCUGCUACAGCCAGGAGCGAAAGCUACUAGCACAGCAGCUCUGUCAGGCAGGAGUCAGUUACCCCUCCCCUGACCCGCUGGACACCCCCGGUAGUGGCCUGGACUUCUAUGGCCAGAGACCCUGGAGACAAGGACACCAGAGUAUUGAUCCUCCAGACCCAGAGAAGGAGAAAACAGGAAUACUGGCCCUGCAGAUUAAAGAGAGAGAUGUACCCCAUUCAGAGUUGAUCAUUGCCCUCCUCAGCAAUGCUGUUGCCCAGUUUAAGAAAUACAAAUGUCCUCGAAUGAAGAGCCACCUCAUGGUGCAAAUGGGAGAGGAGUACUACCAUGCUAAAGACUACACCAAAGCCCUUAAGCUGUUGGACUAUGUGAUGUGUGACUAUCGCACUGAGCGCUGGUGGGGCUUGUUGACAGCUAUACUGAUUACAGCCCUGCGCUGUGCAUAUCUGAUGGCUAAUGUCAAAGACUACAUGAUAUACUGCAUGGAGCUACUGGGCAGAGCCUCUACAUUGAGGGAGGAGCAGAAAUCAAAGAUUGAGAAGAAUUUCAUGAAAGUUCUGAUGAAUGAGAUCCCUGAUGCAGAGCCGGAGUCUGACUCCAGGUGUGCCGGUGCCGCCGCAACACUGUGGAACGACCGCAUGGCUUUGGCUGGCUCCAAUGAGUUCACUAUAGAAGUCCAGGACUACGUACCAUUCAUCCAGUGUAAGGCCAGGUUCCUCUCUCCAAGUUUCCACGUGGACCAUCCGAUCCAGAUUCAGGUUUUCCUCAGGGCAGACUGUCCCCAUCCUGUAAGCUUUAACAAGUUGGUUGUCAGCCUCAGUAACCAGGAGUAUAAUCAGUGGUGUGUUUUGGAGUCGUCAGGCAAGGACAAUAUGAGCCUGUCUCCCGGGAUAACCAGAUGUUAUGACUUCAGUUUUGUAGCCAAGAAAGAAGAUGUUGGCAAAAAGAUAGAGAUGACCAGUAUAGAGAUGAUGCUGGGAAGUAAAAGUGGUCGCUGUCUGUUUUUGAGCUGGAGAGGGGCAGGAGGGGAUACUGCCUCUGCCCAUGAGGCCCUGCAGGCCAGCCGUUCGUCACGGCGGGGGCGGAGCAUGGAAGCACGGCACAAACCAGACUGGGACAACCUGACCAUACAGCAAAGUACCAUGAUCAUCUCCAGGAUUCCAAAGAUCUCUAUUCAGCUCAGCCACCAGCCUCCAGCUCUAAACAAUGAAAUGUACGGCAUCAACAUCACUGUCAUAUCACAGGAGGAGGCUGUGGCCAGAGAGGUGAAACUGACAGCCGGCCUCAAACCAGGACAAGACGCUAACCUGAGCCAAACCACCCAUGUGACGCUGAACGGCUCUCAAGUGUGUGCGGAGUCGGAGCCUUCUCUCCUCCCUGACAUACCUCUUGGAGAUCUAAACCCAGGAGAAAAGGUAGAGCAGUCUGUUUAUGUGAGGUGUGUGUCAACUGGACCCAGGGUCUUCCUGUUCCAUGUGGCCUACAGCAUCGAUACCACUGUGGAAGGACAGCAGAUCAACUGCAAAUGUCAUAAGGAUGAGACGGUAACCAUAGAAACCGUGGUUCCAUUUGAGGUGUCUGUCAAGUUUGUCUCCACCAGGUUUGAGCCAUUGGACCGUGUAGUGGUGGACAUCCCCUUCCUGUUGUUGACGGACCUCCUCUCUUCCUCACCGUGGCCACUUCAACUUGUCACGUCCUCUCUUCAACUGGUUACCAUGACUUCAAGCACACCCCAGUGCAAAUCCCACAUAGAACAAGUGGUACUAAAGACAGGGGAGUGUGCCAGUGAGUGUUUCUGUCUCCAGUGCCCACCAGUUGUCAAUGGCAAUAGCACUGUGGCAACAGGACAAUACCUGGUGUCAUGGCGAAGACAGUCUUCCAGUGCAGACAGUCCUCCAGUCCAGACUACAGUUACACUGCCUCAUGUUAUGCUGGAGACUGUGCCUCUGUAUAUCCAUGCUGAUCUGCCGUCGUUUGGUCGUGUCAGAGAGUCUCUACCAGUUCGCUACCACAUAGAGAACAGAACUGCUCUGGUGCAAGAGGUGGAGAUGGCUGUGGAACCCUCUGAUGCUUUCAUGUUCUCUGGACUCAAACAGGUGCGUCUUCGGAUCCUGCCUGGUUCAGAACAGCAGAUGUUGUAUAACUAUUACCCUCUGAUGGCCGGCUACCAGACUCUACCGCAGCUCAACAUCAGCUUGCCACGCUGCCCCAACACCAACACACACUCAUUGAGACGUUUUCUGCCCCAGUGCAUCUUCGUCAAGCCUCAGGGUCGACAGUUGGAUGAUGCUUCCAUCGCUGCUGCCUGAGAUGAACACACACACACACAGACACACACACACACACACAAACUUCCUUUAACAUUCCCUUCCUCUAUUAUUUCAUCUCUAUACUAGUAGUGGGUGUGUGUGUGUGUGUGUGUGUGUGUGUGUGUGUGUGUGUGUGUGUGUGUAUUGCAUGUGUGGGUUGGUCUUAAAAACCUAAUCUGGUUGGUAUCCAAUUCUUGAUUGAAAGAGCUGGGCAAAAUAAAUCUCGAAUUAUUUAUUUUCAACAUUAACCAAGACUGCCUAGUGGCUUAUUGAAGAUUAUAUCAGGGAUGCCCUGAGUGUUGUCACAGCCUCAGUGAUUUCAGUGGUAACGCUUUUGUCUGACACACACACACUUACCACACACACACACAUACAGCAUUUUUGAUGUAAAUAUGAGGACAGUGACAUAGGAGAGGUUUUUCCUGGGAUGACUUUUCAGCCACAUUGCCCUUUGGAUUUGAAGUUAUUAAGCCAUCUCUCGCACACAUACACACACAUACACACACACCUGCAGACAUGCAUUAUUAAACACAAACACCUCAAAACUAAGUGAUUCUUCAACAAAAUGAUCAUUUUGUUUAAUAAUGUUGAGUUAAGCUGUUAAAAAAAACAACUAAGAAAACCCUGUUUACUGGUGGUGUACUGAAAAAUCAAUUUAAACAAGGAAGGAGACUUUUUACUCCCAAUGUUUCUGUUAAUGAUGUCACCAAUGAAUUGAGCAAACAGCUUGAAAUUAUAAAAAAGUUAUGUUAUGACUUCAAAGCUUGAUGGAUAUAAUACUAAUAUUAUGCAAGCGUCAUGAUAUAAACGAUUAAUGUGUGUUAUUGUGAUGUUAUAUUAGUCUUGAAGAGGCUUGUUUUCAUUAAAGCUUUGUAAUGAGUCCACGAUGGACGUUAAUGCCUGGAAUUUGUAUGCUGGUGACAGUGGUGCAAUGAGUUUAAAAAGACCGGAAAUGAAAGCUUCAUACAUCUCCUUAGUGUCUCGAAUUAGGCACGAGGUUUCUAAUCCCUCCAUAAACCUUUGAAUAAAAGCGUCCUGU